GCCGCGUGCUGCCUCGCGCCUGUGACUGUCGCACGUGCUGGGGCCGGAAGCAGGCGUCGCAGCGAUGGCGUCGUUACUUUGGGGAGGCGACGCGGGGGCCGCGGAGAGCGAGCGGCUGAACGGCCACUUUUCAAACCUCAUCCACUCCCAGAAGAACCUUCUGGGUAUCAAGAGUGCUACCAUCCCAAACAUAGAUGGUUCUGUUGAUAGGAUCGAAGAUGAUGAAGAUGAUGUAGUGGAUUUGGCAGCUAAUUCACUGUUAAACAAGUUAAUCCGGCAGUCCUUAGUAGAAUCGAGUCACCGGGUUGAAGUCUUACAAAAGGAUCCCAGCUCUCCACUCUACUCAGUGAAAACAUUUGAAGAGCUGCGGCUCAAGGAAGAGUUACUAAAAGGGAUCUAUGCAAUGGGAUUUAAUAGACCAUCCAAAAUUCAAGAGAUGGCUCUCCCCAUGAUGCUGGCACAUCCACCCCAGAACCUCAUCGCCCAGAGCCAGUCUGGAACAGGAAAGACAGCUGCCUUUGUCUUGGCAAUGCUCAGCAGAGUUAAUGCCUUGAACUUGUUUCCACAGUGCCUCUGCUUGGCUCCUACUUAUGAACUGGCUCUGCAAACUGGCCGUGUGGUCGAACGGAUGGGGAAAUUCUGUGUGGAUGUUCAAGUGAUGUAUGCCAUUCGAGGGAAUCAAAUUCCCAGAGGCGCGGACAUCACCAAACAGAUUGUAAUUGGCACUCCUGGGACUGUCCUGGAUUGGUGUUUCAAGCGAAAAUUAAUUGAUUUGACUAAGAUUCGUGUGUUUGUGCUGGAUGAAGCCGAUGUGAUGAUCGACACUCAGGGAUUCGCAGACCAAAGCAUUCGUAUUCAAAGUGUCCUUGGGACUCCUUGCAGCCUUCUCUCCUUGUAUGUGGCAGUAAAACAGAAUAUAGUCAAAUGUAAAAUUCACUUUGAUUUGCAGCUCUGCCAUCAUCUGAAUGUGGGGGUUGAAUCUUUUGAAGAGGAAGUCAUGUGAGCUCGUUGGAUCUAUCUGGAGAAAUAGAAGCAUAUCCUUUUUCUGUAAGAUUAGUUUUUAGAUUUUUAUUGAUUAGUUAACCCAUCUUGAUAUCAAAUGGGCAAAGGAA